GUCCGCUGUGGUUGUAACCCAUAGUAACAGUCUGUUAUUUCUUUGGAGACCUACACGCGUGUAAAACAGAGACAGUGAACUUCUGCUGAACGAUAUGAGCUCAAAGACUUCACUGAGCCCUGAGGCCCGUAAAAAGAAAGGAAAAGCAGGUAAAAAGAAUGAGAAUAAUUUUCUCUCUCCUCAUGACGGUGCUGCAGAAUCCCACAGCCGCCCCGACUAUAUCUUCCCAUUGGUGUUGACCUCCAUCACACAGGAGCUGUUUGGUUGCCGGGCGGAUGAAGACGUAACCGGGGAAAUUCCUUAUAAACUGAUAAAAAAGGAAGACAUCGUCCAAGACAUGAAGACCAGAGCAGCCGUGUCGGACUUCAGUCCUGUUAAACAAAGAGUCCUGGAAUAUCCUGAAGAUGAACUCUUGCUGGUGUUCGACAGAGACUUCACAUUCGGUCAGAGUUUCUAUCUGGUGCUUACGGUAGAAGCCAAGGAAAACAUACUGAAGCCUCCAGUCCAGGGUAACGAAGAGGAGCUGAUAAAUGUUGAUGAAGAGGAUGAGGAUGUGAUCAUACCAAAAACACCAGAGCCACGUCCUUGGAUCUCUCUGGGGAGUGAGCAGGAGAUCGAGGAAGAGACGGUCAAACACAUCAGACCCAGACUCAGGUAUAAGCUCUCUCGUCCACGGCGAGACUUCUGUUCUGCGGUGCAUUUCUCUGACCGCAGUGCUCGGGACGGAUACGUGGAGUGUCUGUCCUACCAGGACAAGAGGUUUAACAUCACAGAGCAGGAGAGACACACGGCUGUUCAGACCGUCCACCACACCACAGACUCCUCAACACAGACCCUGUGGAGAUACCCGAAGAACAUGUGGACUCAAUAUGAACCCAGAGAGUUCAGUCCUGAAGAGAAAAUGCAUCAGCUGCAGUCAGAAAACAUGAAGAACUUCAUCAAAUCUGUGCUGAUCAGGCUGGACGUGGCCCUGCAGCAGAACUGCAUCAUGAACGUGUUCUCAGACGACUGGACGGCUCUCAGCGAGGAUGACAGCGCACCGACGGGAAAAACAAGGAGCCAGCUGAAAGAAUAUCAGUCAUUCACAGACCUGAACCUGAGCAAAGAGAAAACCAUCAGUCACAUCCAGUGGCAUCCCAGCAUCAGCGGUGUGAUCGCUGUAGCCAUGACAGAGAGAUUUACUCUCGAGGAACGGAUCGAUAACUCCACUAAACUCUUGUUAAACCCAUCUUACAUCCUCUUCUGGAACUUAUCUGACCCCAUAAAUCCACAGUUACAGUUGGAAUGUCCAGAUGAUGUUCUGAGUUUUCAGUUCUGUCCGUCUGAUCCAAACAUCAUCGCCGGCGGCUGCUUUAAUGGACAGAUAGCACUAUGGGAUGUCUCGGCACAUGUGGAUAAACUGCAGGACACACGCAGUGAUGGCAAAAACACCUCUCACACACCAAAUAAGAAGAAUGAUACUGCAAUGGUUCGGUACUGUGCCGUGUCUGGAAUAGAGAACGGACACAAAUCACCCAUCACAGAUGUCCAGUGGCUCCCCGAAACCUUUGAGGUGUCCAGAUACGGGAUUCCAGUGGAGAACUCCAGUCACAUGUGUGUUCAGAUCGUGACCUGUGCUCCUGACAGCUGUGUGUUAUUCUGGGAUGUACGGGCUCCUCGUGUCGUCUCACAGUCUCUCACUGAUACGAAGAAGAAAUCAGAGAAGCCUUUGGAAAACCCUCACGGCGUCCCCGACACCUUCAAACAUCUCAACCUGACCUGGAAACCAUUCAUCCGAGUGUCAUUAUUUAAGAUCGGCUCUAGUGGUGAUUACAGUCCUCUUAAAUUCAGUCUGACGGAUAAUACACUAGACUAUUCUACAGGAGAGAGACCUGCACACAACGCAGGUGAAGGUUCAGGAUUGGGACAGCUGCGUGUUCCUUCAGCCAAACAACAGAACCCUUUAGAACACAUCAGCACUAAACUGUUUGUGGGGACAGAGGAUGGUGAACUAGUUUACACUGACUGGAAGAUGGAGAAGGACAACGACUCAGGACGGCUGUUUAGUCCCAAACCCACUCAUCGCUUUGUCUUGUAUGAUACUCUGAUAAACACUGUCAGCCGCUCGCCCUUUUUCAAAGACAUCAUCCUGACGGUGGGCAGCUGGAGUUUUGCAGUCUUUAAGGAAGGCCUCACGAACGGAUCGAUCCUCCAGUCGCGCUGCUCUCAGAUCAUGUAUACUGUAGGUCACUGGUCUCCGUCUCGGCCGGCCGUCUUCUUCAUUGGGAAAGAGGAUGGAAGUGUCGAGGUGUGGGACCUGCUGGAGAAAAGUCACGAGCCGUCGCUGACACAGAACAUCAGUACAGCCUCCAUCACCAGCAUCAGAGCCAAGAGCAUCUCCUUGAAGCAGCAUCUUCUGGCCGCAUCCGACCGUCUCGGCACGCUGCACAUCCUUCAGAUUCCCUGGAUGCUCCGCAGACCUUCAGCCAAUGAGAUGCAGAUUGUGAAGAAAUACUUUGAGAGAGAAGAGGAGAGACUGAACUACUUUGAGAAACGUCAAACGAGACACGAGAACGCGAAGAAAGAAACUAACAUUGAAGAACAGAGGAAGAAAACGGAGUCUGUCAUUCAUCAGAAACAUGAAGAAGAGGCGAACGCAGAUGCUCAGAGGGAAUACGAAGAGUAUCUGAAUCUAGAGAAGAUGAUUCUCAAGGACACAAAUCUUCUGACAGCAGAUCUGUAAAACAAUCACACAUCCAUCAUUGUGUUUAAAACAAUAUUCAUUAAUAAUAUUCUACAUUAGUUCAGUGUGGUGAAGGUCAAUGUGACACAUCGGUUUCUGAUUCGCAGCUCAACUUAAUUCUACACUAGUAUUAAAAAUAGUCAUUUAUUUUAUUUAAAUAUGAAACUAUUUCCUUUUUAUAUAAAAGUCUGUAAAGAUGUUUAGAUUAUUUGUAAUCAUAUUUUAUAUCUGUGAGACA